UGUCAUCGUAAUUUAUACAUAAUUUAUAACAGCUCGUACUACAGCACAUCAUUUGUGAGAAAAUUAAAAUCUUUCCUCAAUUCCAUUUUAACUCUGGUUAAAAAUGUCUAAAAAAAAGGGAAGCAAAAAGAAUAUCGAACUAAAUGAAGAUACUGAAGAAAAAUCUAUUGGGUCUAAUGAGAAUCGCGAUAUAACCUCUAAAAGAAAAGUAAAAGGAAAAAAGAAAGGUAAAGGUGAUUGGAGUGAUAGCGAGGAAGACACUCCUAAGAAAUUAGAAGUAUCUGAUGAGGAAGAUGUUCCUGCUUCAAUAGUCAAGAAGAAUCAAAAGAAAGCAAAAAAUAAAAAAAAAGAUCCUGAACUUUCAGAUGAAGAUAGUAAAUCAGUUGUAAGUAAUCCUAGUACCGCAUCAAAACCUGUGAGUAAAGGAAACAAAAAAAAGAAGGGCAAAGGCAAGAAAGACGACUGGUCAGAUGAUGAAAGUGAUGUGGAACUACAGGAAGUAUCAGAAGAAGAAGUUGCAAAACCUGUCUCGAAAAAGAAAGCUAAAAGUAAAAAGAAAACUGUAGAAGCUGCAUCAUCUGAUGAUGAGCAUGAUGACUCAAAAUCAGUUACUAGUAAUGUAUCCAGUAAUACGGCUAAACCUGUCUCAAAGUCAAAGAACAAAAAGGGUAAGAAAAAUGACUGGCCUGAUAAUGACAGCGACAAAGAAUUAAAAAUGCCAUCAUCUGAUGAUGAUGAGCUACCAGCAUUGCCAGUUAAAAGUAAAGGCAAAAACAGAAAAAAGAACAAUAUAGACGACAUUGAAAAUGAACUCAAAAAAUUUGAGAUAAAGGAAGAGGAACCUGAAAUAUCGCAGAAUAAAACAAAGGAUAAAAAAAGUAAAGUGAAACAAGAAGAUCUUGAUGGUGACAUGUCGGAUGACGAGGCUUCCAAAGAGACUGAUGAUAAGCCUACGGAACUUCCUAGCAAAGAGUUGUCUGAAACCGUUGAGAAAAAACUAAGUCACAAAGAGAAGAAAAAGUUGAAGAAACAGCAAGAGUAUGAGAAGCAAGUUGAGAUGUUGACCAAAAAAGGAGGCCAGGGCCACAGCGAUUUGGACGCCAAUUUCACUGUUAGCCAAGCGCAAAAAUCUGCUGGUCAGAUGGCAGCACUAGAGAACGCAGUGGACAUCAAAGUUGAAAACUUCUCGAUAGCAGCAAAAGGCAAAGAUUUGUUCGUGAACGCGAACUUGUUGAUCGCGAACGGGCGUCACUACGGCCUCGUCGGUCCGAACGGGCACGGAAAGACUACCUUGUUAAGACAUUUAGCACAACGUGCUUUCCCGCUCCCACCCCAUAUAGAUAUACUGCUGUGCGAGCAAGAGGUCACGGCUAGUGAUAUGAGCGCGGUCGACACUAUUCUAGAAUCUGAUGUUAAGAGGACUGAGUUACUCAAAGAAUGCAAAGAGUUAGAAGCUGAAAUAGAAAAAGGCGAUCUCAAGAAACAGGACAGAUUAAAUGACGUGUACGCAGAGUUAAAGGCGAUCGGCGCAGACUCCGCGGAGCCCCGCGCGCGGCGCAUCUUGGCCGGGUUGGGCUUCAGUCGCGAGAUGCAGGACCGCGCCACUAAGAACUUUUCUGGAGGCUGGCGCAUGAGAGUCUCACUAGCCAGGGCCUUAUACAUAGAACCUACACUUCUGUUACUCGACGAGCCGACAAAUCACUUGGACCUUAACGCCGUUAUUUGGUUAGACAAUUAUCUUCAAGGCUGGAAAAAGACACUAUUAGUUGUAUCUCACGACCAGUCCUUCUUAGACAAUGUUUGUAAUGAGAUCAUACAUUUAGAUCAACAGAAAUUAUUCUACUACAAAGGAAAUUAUUCUAUGUUCAAGAAAAUGUACGCACAAAAGAGGAAGGAGAUGAUAAAAGAAUAUGAGAAGCAAGAAAAGAGGUUGAAAGAUUUGAAGGCGCACGGACAGUCGAAGAAACAGGCCGAAAAGAAACAAAAAGACGCGUUAACUCGCAAGCAAGAGAAGAAUCGCAGCAAGUCGUCGCGCGAGGAGGCGGACGAGAGUGCGGCGCCGGUGACUUUGUUGCAGCGGCCCAAAGAGUAUAUCGUCAAAUUCAGCUUCCCCGACCCACCGCCUCUUCAGCCGCCUAUACUAGGCUUGCACGAUGUAGACUUCAACUUCCCAGGCCAGAAGCCUUUGUUCAUAGGCGUGGACUUCGGUAUAGAUCUGAACUCGCGUAUCGCGAUAGUGGGCCCCAACGGGGUUGGCAAGUCUACUUUCCUCAAACUACUAGUGGGUGAACUUAGUCCCAUUCGUGGUGAACUAAUUAGGAAUCAUAGAUUGAGAAUAGGUCGUUUCGAUCAGCAUUCCGGUGAACAUCUAACAGCCGAAGAAUCGCCGGCGGAGUACCUCCAGCGCUUGUUCGGGCUUCAGUACGAAAAGGCGCGGAAGGCCCUGGGCACGUUCGGUCUAGCGAGCCACGCUCACACCAUCAAGAUGAAGGACUUGAGCGGAGGGCAGAAGGCGAGAGUGGCUUUGGCAGAGUUGACACUGAUGGCGCCAGAUGUUGUUAUAUUGGAUGAGCCUACAAACAACUUGGACAUCGAGAGUAUAGACGCUCUCGCCGAAGCCAUCAACCAGUACAAGGGCGGCGUGGUGAUCGUGUCCCACGACGAGCGCCUCAUCAGAGAGACUGACUGCGCGCUCUAUGUCAUCGAGGACCAGACUAUCAAUGAGGUGGACGGAGAUUUCGACGAUUACCGCAAGGAGUUGCUGGAGAGUCUCGGCGAGACCAUCAACUCUCCUUCCAUCAUCGCCAACGCGGCCGUGCUACAGUAGAUCACCGCUCGGUACAUUUUUAUGCUUCUCUUAUACAGAGACCAGCCUCCUUAUCCACGAACGAGUUUAAAGGCAACCAGUGUUAUCUUAGCUCUCUUUUUACCACUCCAGUUAACCUCAAAGCUAGAAAAAGAGAUAAUAAGACAUGGUCCUUCAACGUUUGUGUUUAAGUCCCCGAAUUGUGCCCGGAUUUUGCAAACAUUACAGUUUUUUAUUACAAGUAUAAAGAUUGCGCGAUUUUUAACGGUAUUUUACGAUCUAAUAUCGGUCUGAUCGUGGCUCCCAUUGGCAUAUUGCUUAGUACUUAACCAAUGUCCUUUCUGUAAAUCUUUAUCUUUGUACAAAUCAAGAAAUUGAAAAUGGCGAGAAUCUUUGAUUUGUCCUUUGAUUGUGGAAUUUUAAAAAUUCACAAUUCAUUUAAAAAAAUCGUUAAUCACAAUAAUGAAAUGUCGUGUCUGUCCAAGUUUUUAUGAAAUCAAAUAAUGUGCAUGCUGUUCCAAAUACCUAUUAAAUUGUGCCUCUAUUCCAUUUUAUGUUGAUCACAAGUCGAACUGAUCACUAGUAUAAAUAAAUUAUAUUCGAAUAUGGUUGUACUAUUGUUAAUAUGAAAAUAAUAUUUCUUUACAUAGUUAAUUCCCGUGUAUGUUUAUUAUUGUAAUAUAAAAAAUAUGUAU